CGUUCAUCUGACACUGGCAACUGUCUCAUUGCCCAAAAAAGAGACUGCCGCCGCCUAUCUACCUAAUCAACAAGGUACCAAGCUACCUACGAAUAGGCGGGCUUCCUCCCCUUCCUUCCGUCAGCGGAAUCCAGUGGGAGUAAGGUACAUCCCGAGGCCUAACACAGGAACGUCUAGUGUGUAUCCGUCCCAUUCUCCGAAUCCCCCGGCGGCCACACCGUCCACAAAUACAAGAAUAAACUCGAACUGAACCACGCUACCAACGACACGGUAACGAGCCUCGCCCGUCGCCAACAGACGUAAAGAUGCGGUCGGUUGGGGGCGACUAAACCUAAAUCUUUGAAGAUAUCCAGCUGCUUCGGUAUCGCAUCACACUAUCCAGUUCAGCCUUGGAAACCGGCAUGGGAACUGUGUACCGACCUGCAGUUCGUGGAACACAUCGCAGCAAGUUUCUUUUCACUUUUCGAUCCAGCAUACGGCAAGGCGCUCCCCAGGCUUCUGACGAACACCUGGAGGUCACAUUCCCCCGCUCUAGACACAACUCCCUGCUCUCAGCUACGGCUGGGGGUGCAGUUCUUGUUUCGACCUGGCCAACUCUCUCAAAACUUUCUCCACUUUGGCGCUGCAGGCGCAGAUUGCCCGGUUCAUAUGAGGAAGUCUGCAUUAGCAUGGUGCUCGCCGAGACAACCUUAUCGGCCGGAAACUUGGCACUUGAUCGAUGCGGUUCUCAUCCUCGGCAGAAGAAUGCGGGUGAUCAUGGCCUCAACGUACUUGGAAGCAGUCAAAAAUCGAAUGUCUGGACGCACUGGUCGGCUUUCUUUGUGAUGAUACCACCAAAUGAGUAUUUUUAUUGGGACGUAUAUACUUGCAACGGGCUACAAAACAGCCGGUCGACCGCGAUGAAGCCACAAAUAACUAGAGCGACAAAAAUCUCGACUGAACCGCCCCCACGGUUACUCGUUCACCACCCUCAAAUGAGUCCAACGACUCAGUUGCCGGGAACUGUCCCAAACGCUGAUCAACUCUAUUUGAGUCGACUAGAUACUUGGCCCGGUUCAAUAGCGCCAGCCAAAACCAGCAGCGUUGGGCGAGGCCACGGCCAGCCUCGACAGCCCCGACAAGCCGCAAGCCACUUCCUGUGUCGCCUUACCUCUUCCUCUUGCGUCGAUAAUACCAACGCCUCCUGCCUCUCUACAUGGUAUGGGACGCUUCUCUCGACCAUGACUGCAGUGUAUGCUUGGACCUGUUCUUGGGGUUGCAAUCUGGUAUAGUGGCCAAGCCAACCAAUGCCAAGCUGGUCUUUCUGUCAGAUGUGCAGGAGCUGACAGCCAUCGUAACGGCACGUAUGCAUACAAUGCAUGACGAUGUUACUUAGGAACCUCGUAUCCAAAACCCAUUCUCAUAGCUCGCGGGGUCUUGGAUGGCCUCUCCGUCACGAUACAGGUGGUAGCAUUGGCCGAAUUGCAUAAAGCUGGCCAAGAAAAUUUGCAA